UAAGAACCAUUCUGCCCAUCUAGUUUGCCCAACAUCCUGAAUACUAUGAAUAGUCCCUGGCCCUUUCUUAUAUGAAGGAUAGCCUUAUACCUAUCCCUAUCUUAUCCUCAACCCGAUGCCGUGAAGGCACCGGACGCUGCCCCCGGUGAGAGGAAGAAGAGAAUUCGCAAAAAGGUGGAUACGUCAAAGUUCAUGACGCCUUACAUAGCACACAGCAAGAAAAUGCAAGACAUGUUCAGCCAGAAUAAAUACAAAGAGAAAUAUGAAAAACAGAAGGGAGAGCCAGUCGCCAGCACCACGGAUACUCCCGAACUCAGGAGGAUCAAGAAAGUCCAGAACCAGUUAAGCGAGGUGAAGUAUCGUAUGGAUGGUAAUGUUGCCAGAACCAAUUGUCACGUUGAUGGACAAGCCAGAGAUAUAGAGCAUGCUAAAAAGGUCUCUCAACAAUUGAGCAAGGUUCUAUACAAGCAAAACUGGGAGGAUACUAAGGAAAAGUACCUGUUGCCCCCUGACGCUCCGGAACUUGUUCAGGCAGUGAAAAAUUCUGCAUUGCAAAGCAAGAAACUGUACAUAGCAGAUUGGGAAGAUGACAAGACAACCUUCUUCCCUUACUCAGAUAGUCCGGAAUUGCGGAGAGUUGCUCAGGCCCAGAAAGCUUUGAGUGAUAUCAAUUAUAAGAAGGGAUACGAUCAACAAAAGCUUCAGUUCACCUCUCUGGCUGAUCGACCGGACAUUGAAAUGGCCAAGAAAGUGUCUCAGCAACUGAGCGAUAUAAAGUACCAUGAGGACUAUGAUAAGAAAGUUAAAGGCAAAUGGAGUCAGACUCCCUGCUAUGAUGUAGCGGUGGCGAGAAUGAAUGCCGACAAUCUGAGUGACAGGAAAUACCGUGAAGACUUCGAGAACAGUAAAGACCAAAUCUACUUCAUGCAAACAGAAACUCCGCAGUAUCAAGUGAACAAGAAAUCCGGGAUAAACGCUAGCGAGGUGAAAUACAAAGCAGAUUAUGAGAAGGCCAAGGGACCCACAGCUUACCACACUCUUCCCGCCACAGAGAACCCUUUACUGCGGCAACUCAAACACGCUGGAAAUGCCCUGAGCGAUAAAUUAUAUAAAGAGUCUUAUGAAAGAGCGAAAGGAACUAGUAUUAACUACUGUGAUACCCCCAAGUUUCAGAUUGAUAAUGUCCUAAAGAACUACUCAGAUCUAAGAUAUAAGGAUCACUAUCAGAAGAACGUACAGGGACAUUACAUCGGCAGCUAUGAGGAUCCAUACAUGCUUCAUUGCGCCAAAGUCUCCAACUUAAGAAGUGAUAAAAACUACAAAGCCGACUAUGAAGAAGAUAAGACCAGUUGUUACUUCCCCCAGACUCUUACCCCCGAAUAUGAAGCUGCAAAGAAGUUGGAUCAGUGUAAAGAUUACGUCUACAAGAAGCACCCGGAUAGAAUAAAAUUUACUCAAGUGGUUGAUUCACCAGUUCAGGUCCAAGCCCAGCUGAAUUCCGUGCAACUUAGUGAUCUCAAUUAUAAAGCCAAACAUGAAGAGGAAAAAUUCAAGUGUUCUAUUCCUGCUGAUUCUCCUUUCAUCCUCCAGUCCAGAGUGAACGCAUAUAACCUCAGUGAUAAAUGGUACAAAUAUGACUGGGAUAAGUCCAAGGCGAAGAAAUUUGAUAUUAAAAUUGAUGCUAUUCCUUUGGUGGCAGCAAAAGCAAAUCGUAAGAAGGCUAGUGAUGUGGAAUAUAAGAAAGAUUAUGAGCUGAACAAAGGGAAGAUGAUUGGAGCGCUAAGUAUCCAUGAUGAUCCCAAGAUGUUACACUCUAAGAAAGUGGCUCAUAAUCAAAGUGAUAUUGAAUACAGGAAGGACUAUGAAAGCACAAAGACCAAAUACUCUGCACCUCUGGAUAUGGUCCAAGUUCAACUGGCUAAGAAAUCUCAGGCUAUUGCCAGCAACCUUGAUUAUAGGCAUCCAAUCCAUUCUUAUUUCUAUCCUCCUGACAGCGUCAGCCUGUCAUUGGCCAAGAAAGCCUACACUCUUCAGAGUGAUGUUGAUUAUAAGUCAGAUUUUAACAGCUGGGUAAAAGGCUGUGGAUGGAUACCAUAUGGAUCCAUGGACGUUGAAAAAGUCAAGAAGGCUGGACAAAUACUUAAUGAGAGGAAAUAUCGCCAGCAUCCAGAUACUAUUAAGUUCACUUCUAUAGAAGACGACCCUGUUAUGGUUCAAGCUAAAAUCAAUCAGAAGCAGAGGAGCGAUAUUAUUUAUAAAGCAGAAGGUGAGAAGGUUAUUCACAAGUACUCCUUACCUGCUGAUGUUCCAGAACUUUUACAAGCCAGAGUGAAUGCGUAUAAUCUCAGUGAUAAUUGUUACAAGCAAGGAAUGGAAGAAUUAAAGGCAAAAGGAUAUGAUCUGCCAGUUGAUGCUAUCUCCAUAAGGGCUGCUAAAGCUGCAAGGAAGGCGGCCAGUGAUGUACAAUAUAGGAAAUCUUAUGAGGACCAGAAAGGCAAGCUUGUUGGUUUCUUAAGCCUUCAAGAUGAUCCCAAACUUGUACUCUACACAAACGUGGCUAAGAUGCAGUCUGAUCGAGAAUAUAGGAAAGAUUAUGAGAAGGAAAAGACUAAGUAUAAUACUCCACUAGAUAUGGUCAAUGUGGUGGCCGCAAAGAAGGCACAAGAAAUUGCCAGUGGUAUCCAUUACAAGCAGCCAAUCCAUCACUACACCUUCCUGCCAGACGCAAUAAGUGUUGAAUCAUCCAAGAAGGCGAUGGAGAUACAGAGUGAUAACCUCUACAAGUCGGACCUUGGUUGGUUGAAAGGCACCGGAUGGAUACCUAUUGGAUCUCUUGAUGUUGAGAAGGUCAAAAAGGCUGGAGAUGCCUUAAGUGAGAAGAAAUAUAGACAACACCCAGAUACCUUUAAAUUUACUAGUGUUGUCGACUCUCCAGUCAUGGUCCAGGCUAAGACAAAUGCCCUACAGCUCAGUGAUAGACUAUACAAAUCUUCAGGAGAGAAGACUCUGCACACGUAUCAUUUACCUCCCGAUGCACCUAACUUUAUCCAGGCCAAGUACAAUGCAACUACCAUGAGUGAUACCUUCUACAAACAAGACUGGCAGAAAACAAUCGCUAAAGGACACCAUGUCCUGGGAGACUCCAUUCCUAUUGUCGCCGCAAAGGCUUCUAGAAACAUUGCCAGUGAUUACAAAUACAGGCAAGCUUAUGAGAAAGCCAGGGGCCAUCACAUUGGCUUCAGAAGCCUGCAGGAUGAUCCUAAACUGGUGCAUUUUAUGGCUGUAGCCAAGAUGCAGUCAGACCGGGAAUACAAGAAGGACUAUGAAGUCAGCAAGACCAAGUAUCAUACUCCUCUAGACAUGGUCAGCAUCACGGCUGCCAAGAAGGCCCAAGAAGUGGCCACCAGUAUCCAUUACAAGCAGCCAAUCCAUCACUACACCUUCCUGCCGGAUGCAAUAAGUGUUGAAUCAUCCAAGAAGGCGAUGGAGAUACAGAGUGAUAAUCUCUAUAAAGAAGAUUACAACAGCUGGUUUAAGGGAAUUGGCUGGAGUCCUUUGGGUUCUUUGGAUGUAGAAAAAGUAAAGAAAGCUGGAGAUGCCAUAAGUGAGAAGAAGUACAGACAGCACCCUGACACUCUCAAAUUCACCAGCCUGGCAGAUUCUAUGGAUAUUACCCUGGCUCAGAGCAAUACUAAGCAGAGAAGUGAUAUCGCAUAUAAAGCAGCCGGUGAGAAAGUAAAACACAAGUAUUCUCUGAAUCCAGAUGAUCCCAACUUCAUCCAAGCAAGAGUCAACGCCCAAAAUAUAAGUGAGUCUAACUAUAAAGCAGAUUGGAUAAAGCACAUUGCCAAAGGAUAUGAUCUCAAACCCGAUGCCAUAUCUGUUCUGGCAGCCAAAUCAUCAAGAAACAUUGCAAGUGACUAUAAAUAUAAAGAAGCCUAUGAAAAAGCCAAAGGACAACAUGUGGGAUUCCGCAGUCUUCAGGAUGAUCCUAAACUGGUCCAUUACAUGCAUGUCGCCAAAAUCCAGUCUGAUCGUGAGUACAAGAAAGACUAUGAGAAGAGCAAGACCAAGUAUCACACUCCUCUGGAUAUGUUUAACAUCACUGCAGCCAAGAAAGCCCAAGAAAUUUCCUCUAACAUACACUACAAACAGCUGAUCCACAGUUACAACCUUUUACCUGAUGCCAUGCCCUUGGUACUGUCUAGGAACAUGAUGCAGAUCCAGAGUGAUAACCAGUACAAGACUGACUUCAACAACUGGCUGAAAGGAGUUGGUUGGGUACCAAUUGGUUCCUUGGAUGUUGAGAAAGCCAAGAAAGCCAAAGACAUUCUCAGUGACAAGAAGUACAAGCAAAAUCCAGAUCAAUGGAAAUUUAGCAUUCCAAAUGAUGCAAUGGAUCAAGUUCUUGCAAGAUCAAAUGCAGUUACAAUGAAUAAGAAACUCUAUACAGAAGCCUGGGAGAAAGACAAGACCAAGAUCCAUGUGAUGCCCGAUACUCCAGAAAUAAUUCUCUCUAAAGCUAACCAGAUAACCAUGAGCGAUAAACUGUACAGACAAGCCUGGGAGGACACUAAGAAGAAGGGAUACGACUUGAAACCAGAUUCCAUAUCCAUAAAAGCAGCUAGAGCUUCAAGAGAUAUUGCCAGUGAUUAUAAAUACAAGAAAGCCUAUGAACAGUCCAGAGGAAAGCUCAUUGGAUUCCAGAGCCUCCAGGAUGACCCGAAAUUGGUGCAUUUUAUGAACGUGGCCAAGAUGCAGUCUGAGCGUGAAUAUAAAAAGGCCUACGAGAAGUCAAAGACUCGAUUCCACACCCCUGUGGACAUGUUCAGUGUCACUGCUGCAAAACUGGCACAAAAUGUCACAACUAAUAUCAAUUACAAGCAGCUCAUCCACCAUUACAACCUGCUACCCGAUGCCAUGCCGCUCGAGCUGUCAAGGAACAGAAUGCAAAUACAGAGUGAUAAUCUUUACAAGGCAGACUAUAAUGACUUUGUCCGAGGCGUGGGAUGGGUGCCCUAUGGAUCCCAGGAAGCUGAGAAGAACAAGAAGGCCAUGGAAAUUCUCAGUAACAAGAAAUACCGCCAGCACCCAGAUACCCUGAAAUUCACAAGUCUGCCAGACUCUAUGGAAAUGGUCCUAGCAAAGAGUAACGCACAGAUCAUGAAUAAAAAUCUUUACACACAAGCCUGGGAGAAAGAUAAGAGAACCAUUCACGUCAUGCCCGAUACACCAGAUGUCCUUCUGGCAAAGGCAAAUGCUUUCAAUAUAAGCGAGAAACAAUACAGACAAGCCCUGGACGAAUCCAAGAAGAAAGGAUAUGAUCUCAGAGUGGAUGCCAUCUCCAUCAAAGCUGCAAAGUCAUCCAGAGACAUUGCUAGUGAUUACAAAUACAAAAAAGCUUAUGAAGAUGACAAAGGAAAGAUGGUUGGAUUCCGUAACCUGCAGGAUGACCCCAAACUUGUCCACUACAUGAAUGUAGCCAAGAUGCAGAGUGAUCGGGAGUACAAGAAAAACUAUGAGAAGACCAAGACCAAAUACCACACUCCUGUGUCUAUGUUUAGUGUCAUGGCAGCCAAGGAGGCUCAGGCUGUGGCCUCCAAUGUCCAUUACAAGAAUCUAAUCCACAAAUACAUUCUUCUACCGGACGCAAUGUCUGUUCAACUUGCCAAGAACAUGAACCAGAUCCAGAGUAAUAAUGACUACAAACUGGACUACAAUACAUGGUACAAAGGUAUGGGCUGGAGCCCCCUGGGAUCUCUGGAUGUGGAGAAAAGCAAGAAAUCUUCUGAAAUCCUCAGUGAGGCCAAGUAUCGCCAGCACCCAAGCAAGUUCGGUUUCACUAAAGAUAUGGACUCUAUGGACAUGGAACUAGCCAAACAGAAUGCUGUUGUCAUGAACAAGCACUUAUACAUUGAUGCAUGGGAGAAGGAUAAGACAAAGAUCCAUGUGAUGCCAGAUACACCCGAUAUACUCCAGGCCAAACAGAACAAGAUUACUUUCAGUGAGAAACUGUACAAAUCUGAAUGGGAAGAGACAAUCAAGAAAGGCUACGACCUCAGGCCUGAUGCUAUUUCUAUAAAAGCUGCCAGAGCUUCUCGAGAUAUUGCUAGUGAUUACAAAUACAAAGAGGCCUAUCGUAAGCAACAAGGACACCACGUCGGGUUCCGCAGCCUCCAGGAUGAUCCUAAGUCUGUAUGGGCCAUGCAUGUGGCCAAGAUCCAGAGUGAUAGAGAAUACAAGAAGGACUAUGAAAAAUGGAGGACCAAGUUCAAUACACCAGUAGAUAUGCUGGGAAUAUUGCUGGCCAAGAAAUGCCAGACACUAGUCAGUGACAUUGACUAUAAACGACUUCUACACAACUGGACUUGUCUGCCUGAUCAGACACCGUUCGUCCAAGCAAGGAAGGUGUAUGAGAUUACGAGUGACAAUGUCUACAAAGCAGAUUACAAUGAAUUUAUGAAGGGUGUAGGAUGGAUUCCAUUUGGGUCUCAAGAAGCUGAGAAGAACAGGAAAGCCAUGGAUAUUAUCAGUGAGAAGAAUUACCGCCAACACCCAGAUAAAUUCAAACAUACAAGUCUCACCGACGCAAUGCCGUAUGUCUUGGCCAAGAACAAUGCACAGAUCAUGAACAAUAAACUUUACACAGAAGCCUGGGAAAAAGACAAGAGAACAAUUCAUGUCAUGCCCGAUACACCUGAGAUCCUACAGGCAAAAGUUAAUUUGAUUAACACAAGUGAUAAAAUAUACAAAGCAGGAUACGAGGAGUUAAAGAAGAAGGGUUAUGACCUUCGUGCCGAUGCGAUACCAAUUAAAGCUGCCAAGUCAUCAAGAGACAUUGCCAGCGAUUACAAGUACAAAGAUGGUUACAGAAAGCAACAAGGACACCACAUUGGGUACCGCAGCCUACAGGAUGACCCCAAGUCUGUAUGGGCCAUGCACGUGGCCAAGAUCCAGAGUGAUAGAGAAUACAAGAAGGACUAUGAAAAAUGGAGGACCAAGUUCAAUACACCAGUAGAUAUGCUGGGAAUAUUGCUGGCCAAGAAAUGCCAGACACUAGUCAGUGACAUUGACUACAAAAACAUUCUUCAUAAGUGGACCUGUCUGCCUGACCAGAAUGAUGUGGUGCAGGCCAGAAAGAUCUACGACAUUCAGAGUGAUAUUCAGUAUAAGUCUGAUCUGCAGUGGCUCAGAGGAAUCGGCUGGUCUCCCUCCGGUUCUUUGGAUGAUGAGAAAAAUAAACGGGCUUCGGCCAUUAUAAGCGAAAAGAAGUACCGUGAGCACCCGGACAAAUUCCGCUUUACCAGUGUCACCGACUCUUUAGAAUUGGAGCUGGCUAAGGCUAAUGCUGAGAUCAUGAACAAGCGCUUGUAUACUGAAGCAUGGAACAAGGAUAAGACAGAAAUCCACAUAAUGCCUGAUACACCUGAGGUUCUUCUUGCUAAACAGAACAAGAUUAAUUUCAGUGAGAAACUGUACAGACAAGCACUUGAAGAAUCCAAGGCAAAGGGCUAUGACCUUCGUCCAGAUGCCAUCUCCAUUAAGGCAGCCAGAGCGUCUAGAGAUAUCGCCAGUGACUACAAGUACAAAACAGCCUAUAGAAAACAACUGGGACACCACGUUGGAUUCCGCAGUAUACAAGAUGACCCGAAAUUGGUCUGGGCCAUGCAUGUGGCCAAAAUCCAGAGUGAGAGGGAGUACCAUAAGGACUUUGAAAAAUCAAAGACAAAGUAUAACUCUCCGGUUGACAUGCUGGGCGUUGUAUUGGCCAAGAAAUGCCAGACUCUGGUCAGCGACAUUGACUACAAGAGGUUCCUGCACCAAUGGACAUGUCUGCCUGACCAGAACGACGUCAUCCAGGCCAGAAAGGCCUAUGAGCUCCAGAGUGAUAGUUUGUACAAGUCUGACCUGCAGUGGUUGAAGGGUAUAGGCUGGGUACCUAUCGGUUCCCUAGAGGUCGAAAAGGUAAAGAGAGCUGGAGAGAUUUUGAGCGAUAAGAAAUACAAACAGCCCCCGAACACUAUUAAGUUCACCAGCGUCACCGACUCUCUUGAGCUCAACCUGGCCAAGGCUAAUGCCGAAUUAAUGAACAAGCGACUCUACACUGAAGCCUGGAAUAAGGACAAAACUAGCAUUCACAUCAUGCCGGACACUCCAGAAAUUGAGCUGGCCAGACAGAACAAACUAAACUACAGCGAAAGUCUAUAUAGGCAGGCCCUAGAAGAAUCUAAGAAGAAGGGCUAUGACUUGAGGGUCGACGCCAUCGCCAUCAAAGCUGCAAGAGCUUCAAGGGAUAUUGCAAGUGAUUUCAAAUACAAAACCGGAUACCGUAAGCAACUGGGACACCACGUGGGCUUCCGCAGCCUACAGGAUGAUCCGAAGUCUGUCUGGGCAAUGCACGUGGCCAAAAUCCAGAGUGACAGAGAAUACAAGAAGGACUUUGAAAAGAUUAAAACAAAGUAUAACUCUCCGGUGGACAUGCUGGGUGUUGUAUUGGCCAAGAAAUGCCAGACUCUGGUCAGCGACAUCGACUACAGGAAGUACCUUCACCAAUGGACAUGUCUGCCUGACCAGAACGACGUCAUCCAGGCCAGAAAGGCCUAUGAGCUCCAGAGUGAUAACUUGUACAAAGCCGAUCUGCAGUGGCUGAAAGGAAUCGGUUGGGUCCCAAUAGGCUCGUUGGAUGUGCAGAAGAACAAGAGAGCAGCUGAGAUUCUGAGCGACGUAAAGUACCGCCAGAAACCAGAUACUGUGAAGUUUACUAGCGUGACAGAUUCUCUAGAGUUGACUCUUGCAAAAGCCAAUGCUGAAAUCAUGAAUAAGCGCUUGUACACAGAAGCUUGGAACAAGGAUAAGACUACAAUCCAUGUGAUGCCAGACACUCCUGAGAUCGAGCUGGCCAAACAAAAUCGUAUCAACUAUAGCGAGAAACAAUACAGACUUGCCUUGGAAGAAAGUAAGAAGAAAGGUUACGAUUUACGAGUUGAUGCCAUCCCAAUCAAAGCAGCAAAAGCUUCGCGAGAUAUAGCCAGUGAUUUCAAAUACAAAGCCGGCUACCGUCAGCAGCAAGGCCAUCAUGUUGGGUUCAGAAGCCUAUUGGAUGAUCCUAAAUCCGUAUGGGCCAUGCAUGUUGGCAAGAUUCAGAGUGACCGAGAAUAUAAGAAGGACUUUGAAAAGUCAAAGACUAAGUACAACAGCCCUGUGGAAAUGCUAUCUGUACUCCUAGCCAAGAACUGCCAGAAACUGGUCAGCGACAUUGACUACCGCCAUUACCUUCACCAAUGGACAUGUCUGCCUGACCAGAAUGAUGUCAUCCAGGCCAAGAAAGCCUAUGAACUCCAGAGUGAUGCCAUUUACAAACAAGAUCUGGAAUGGCUCAAAGGCAUUGGUUGGGUCCCUGUUGGUUCCUUGGAAGUGGAGAAGGCAAAGAAGGCUGGAGAGAUAUUGAGUGAUAAAGCUUAUCGUCAGAAACCAAACACGUUCAAGUUCACCUCUAUUCCUGACUCGCUAGAAUUGGUUCUUGCCAAGAAUAAUGCUGAGCUAAUGAAUAAAAGCCUGUACACUGAUGCUUGGAAUACCGAUAAACGUACUAUUCACGUCAUGCCGGAUACGCCUGAAAUUUUGUUAGCUAAGGCCAACUCAGUAAAUAUUAGCAAUAAAUUGUAUACCCAAGGAUGGGAUGAAGCUAAGAUGAAAGGAUAUGACUUCAGGGCUGAUGCCAUUGCAAUAAAAGCUGCCAGGGCUUCCAGAGAUAUCGCUAGUGAUUAUAAAUACAAAGCCGGCUACCGUCAGCAGCAAGGCCAUCAUGUUGGGUUCAGAAGCCUAUUGGAUGAUCCUAAAUCUGUAUGGGCCAUGCAUGUUGCCAAGAUCCAGAGUGACCGAGAAUACAAGAAGGAUUUUGAAAAGUCAAAGACCAAGUACAACAGCCCCGUGGAAAUGCUAUCUGUGCUUUUGGCCAAGAACUGCCAGAAACUGGUCAGCGACAUUGACUACCGUCAUUACCUCCACCAAUGGACAUGUCUGCCCGACCAGAAUGAUGUCAUCCAGGCCAAGAAAGCCUAUGAACUCCAGAGUGAUUGGCUCUACAAAUCUGACAUGGAAUGGAUCAAAGGCUGUGGCUGGAUUCCAAAUGACUCGCUUGAGGUCAACAAAGUCAAGAAGGCUCAGGAAAUCUUGAGUGAACGUCAGUACCGUCAGCCUGCAGACUCCAUCAAAUUCACAAGCAUUGUUGAUAGUCCGGAGAUAGUUUUGGCCAAAACAAAUGCUCUGCAGCUCAGCAAAAGCCUUUACCAAGAUGCUUGGAAUAAGGAUAAGGUACAUUUUAACCUGCCUUCUGAUACACCAGAGAUGGUUCAAUCCAAGAUCAACGCUGUCAACGUUAGCAAUAAACAAUAUCAACUGGGCUGGGAGGAUUAUAAGAAGAAGGGAUAUGACCUCAGAGUUGAUGCAAUUACAAUCAAGUCUGCCAAAGCCUCAAGAGAUAUUGCUAGUGAUUACAAAUACAAAAAAGGAUAUCGUGAGCAACAGGGUCACCAUGUUGGAUUCAGAAGCCUUCUGGAUGAUCCUAAAUCCGUAUGGGCCAUGCAUGUUGCCAAGAUUCAGAGUGACCGAGAAUAUAAGAAGGACUUUGAAAAGUCAAAGACCAAGUACAACAGCCCCGUGGAAAUGCUAUCUGUGGUUUUGGCCAAGAACUGCCAGAAACUGGUCAGCGACAUUGACUACCGUCAUUACCUCCACCAAUGGACAUGUCUGCCUGACCAGAAUGAUGUCAUCCAGGCCAAGAAAGCCUAUGAACUCCAGAGUGAUUGGCUCUACAAAUCUGACAUGGAAUGGAUCAAAGGCUGUGGCUGGAUUCCCAAUGACUCGCUUGAGGUCAACAAAGUCAAGAAGGCUCAGGAAAUCUUGAGUGAACGUCGGUAUCGCCAGCCUGCAGACACCAUCAAGUUCACCAGCAUUGUUGAUGCUCCGGAAGUUCUCCUGGCAAAGACCAAUGCUCUUCAGAUCAGUGAUCGUGUAUACAGAGAUGCCUGGGAUAAUGAGAAAACAAAGUUCAGCCUUCCUUCAGACACUCCACAGAUGGUCCAGUCCAAGAUUAAUGCAGCAAACGUCAGCGAGAAAUUGUACAAGAAAGAUUGGGAUGACGCCAAGCAGAGCUAUGACAUGAAAGCUGACGCUGUCCUGAUCCGCGGUGCGAGGGCUUCGAGAGACAUUGCUAGUGACUACAAAUAUAAGACCACCUAUGAGAAACAGAAGGGUCACUACAUUGGAGCUCCCACAGCCAAGGAUGACCCUAAGCUGAUGUGGUUGAUCAAAUCUGGCAAGCUCCCAAUUGACCGACUAUACAAGCGUGAUUAUGAGAAGACAAAGACCAAGGUUAACAUACCUGUAGAUAUGGUGUCCAUUGUAACAGCCAAGCAAGCCCAAGCAGCUUCCACUGAAAUCGAUUACCGCCAUUACCUGCACCAAUGGACAUGUCACCCUGACCAGAAUGACUGCAUCCAAGCCAAGAAAGCGUAUGAACUGCAGAGUGAUAACAUCUACAAAGCAGAUCUGGAAUGGAUUCGAGGAUGUGGUUGGAUGCCAAAUGACUCAAUAGAGGUUAAGAAAGUGAAAAACGCUCAAGACAUAUUGAAUGAGCACCUUUACCGUCAACCAGCCAGCAGCUUGAAGUUCACCAGCAUUGUGGACCUUCCAGAAGUCAUCCUGGCAAAGACCAAUGCUGACCAGAUCAGUGCAUCUAAAUAUAAAGAGGCCUGGGACCAAGACAAGAGAACUAUACACGUCAUGCCGGAUACUCCUGAGAUUUUGCUGUCGAAGGCUAAUUCUCAAAAUAUCAGCAAUAAACUUUAUAGAGAAGGAUGGGAUAAGGUGAAAAUGAUUUACGACCUCAGUCCUGAUGCAAUAUCCAUCAAAGCAGCUAAAGCCUCAAGAGAGAUUGCAAGUGAUUACAAAUACAAGCUGGCCCAUGAGAAGCAGAAGGGUCAUUACGUGGGAACUCCCACAGCUCAUGAUGACAACAAGCUGGCCUGGUGUUUGAAGGCAUCUAAACUUCCCAGUGACCUGGAAUACAAGAAGGACUUUGAGAAGACAAAGACAAAGUUGAACCUACCUGUAGAUAUGGUGUCCAUCGUCGCAGCCAAGCUAUGUCAGACUUUGGUCAGCGACAUUGAUUACCGACGCUAUUUGCACCAGUGGACAUGUCUGCCAGAUCAGAAUGACGUCAUUCAGGCUAGAAAGGCCUACGACCUCCAGAGUGAUGCCCUCUACAAGUCAGACCUGGAAUGGCUCCGUGGAAUUGGUUGGAUGCCAAAUGAGUCUCACGAUGUUAAGAAGGUUAAAUUUGCCCAGGACAUCUUGAGCGAGCAUAAGUAUAGAACUAAACCAAACACUCUCAGAUUCACACCCGUCACUGACAGAGUGGAUUAUGUCUCAGCUAAGCAAGGUGCAGAAAUCUUGAGCGAUAUUAAAUAUCACGAAGCUUGGAAUAACAUUAAAACACACUACACAGCAGUGAGCGAUACCCCUCUGCUGCUGACCGCAAAGGAGGCCGCCAAGAAUGUCAAUAAUAAAUUGUACACAGAAGGCUGGGACAGUGUCAAGGCCACCAGCUACUUCUUACCUUCUGAUGCAGUACAGAUAAAGCAUGCCAAGAAAAGCGGUGUUGCUCAGAGCGAGCUCAAAUACAAAGCUGAAUACAUCAAACAGAGAGGUCACUAUGUUGGCGUUCCAAAUGCCGAUGCUGAUCCCAAACUAAAAUGGUUCAAACAUGCCAACCUGAUCCAGAACGACAGAGAAUAUAAAAAACUUUAUGAAAAGCAGAAGUCCAAAAUCAAUAUUCCUGGUGACAUGGUAUCAAUCGAAACAGCCAAGCAAGGGCAGAACUUGGCCAGUGGCAUUGACUAUCGCCAUUACCUUCACCAAUGGACAUGCCACCCUGACCAAAAUGACUGCAUACAAGCCAGGAAGGCUUAUGACCUGCAGAGUGAUAGUAUCUACAAAGCUGACCUGGAAUGGAUUCGUGGAUGUGGAUGGGUUCCAUUAGACUCUGUUGAGCACCAGAAAGUGAAGAAAGCUCAGGAACUGGUUAAUGAGAGAGCCUAUAAGAAGGACGCACAGGACAACUAUUCCAAAUACACUCAUGUGGUUGACCCACCAGCCGUUGUGCUUGCCAAAAUGAAUAACAUCAACCAAAGUGAUCUGAGAUACAAAGAAACUUUCAACCUGGAGAGAGGCCACUACAUUGGUUCUGCAGAAACCCCUCAAGUCUUACAUUCUAGGGAGAUGUCCAAGCUGGCUAGUGAUAAAUUGUACAAGGAUUCCUGGGAUACCACUAAAUCACUGGGCUACCAACUGGACGCCAGCUAUAUACCAAUAGUUGCUGCCAAGCAUGGCAGACUUGUUUCCAGUGAGCUGAAAUACAAAGAGCAUCACGAGAAGGAAAAGGGCCACUAUCUUGCUGGUACCCAUAUUACUGACUUCCCAAAUGUUGUGCAUUCAUUGGCUUUCCAGAAGAUGAAGAGUUGGCUGCGCUAUAAGAAAAAUUAUGAAGACAACAAAACCAAGAUCCAUAUUCCAAGUGACAUGCUUAACAACGUCCUUGCCAAGAAAUGCCAGCAGAUCCUUAGUGACAUUGAGUACCGCCGCUAUCUCCACGAAUGGACAUGCCUACCUGAUGAACAGGGGGUCAUUCAUGCCAAGAAGGCCAAUGAGAUUUUGAGCGAUGUCGUCUACAAAGAAGAUCUAACAUGGCUUAAAGGCAUUGGUUGUUACGUCUGGGACACUCCAGAAAUCUUACUUGCUAAGAAGUCCUAUGAUCUUCAGAGUCAACUCAAAUACACCAAUGCCAGUAAAGAAAACUUCAAAAACUACAGUGUCGUCACGGAUACCCCUGUGUAUGUCACGGCUGUCCAAAGUGCCAUCAAUGCUAGUGAUCUCAAGUACAAAGAGGACUUCCACAAGAACAAGGAUAAGUACACAACAGUUCUGGAAACGGUAGAUUAUGAUCGUACCCAGAGUCUUAAGGAUCUUUUCAGCAGUAACCUGUACAAAAAAUCCUGGGACACCAUCAAAGCCACAAGUUACCAGCUUCCCCCUGACACAGUUGCCUUGGCCUUUGCUAAACAGAAUAAGCACAUUGCCAGCACACUGAAGUACCGUGAGGAAUAUGAGAAGUUUAAAGCUCUCUACACUUUGCCAAGAGGUAUUCAGGACGAUCCAGCCACUGCAAGAUGCCUCAGAGUGGGCAAGCUUCCUCUAGACCGUUUGUAUCGGGAGACCUAUGAAAAGAAUAAGGCUAAGAUUCACAUUGCUCCCGAUAUGAUGGAAAUCAUUUCUGCCCGGGAAACACAAAAUAAAGUCAGUGAGAUUGAGUACAGGAAGUAUCUCCAUGAAUGGAUCUGCCUCCCGGACCUCCAGCUCUACGUCCAUGCCCGCAAGGUCAACGACCAGUUGAGUGAUAUUGUCUAUAAAGAUGACCUCAACUGGUUGAAGGGAGUGGGCUGCUUCGUUUGGGAUACACCGGAGAUUCUACGUGCCAAGCAUGCAUACGACCUCCGCAGUGAUUACAAAUACAAAGCCAAAGCUGAGGAGCUUAAGAAGACAUACAGCUCUGUUAUGGAAACUCCAGUUUAUGUUCAAGCUGUCACCAGUGGAAAACAGAGCAGCGAUGUUGUGUAUCAUUCUGAUUAUGAGCAGAACGUAAGAGGAAAAGUUACUUCAUCCACAGAGACAGUGGAACUGGACCGAGCCAGCAAUGCCAACAAGAUUCGCAGCGAUUUUCUGUAUCGUGACGCUACUAUCAAAGCCCUGCCUAAGGGUUAUAGCCUUCCGAAAGACACCCCAUCCCUCCUCCAAGCCAAGAAAGCUCAGCUCAUCGGCAGUGAUCUGAAGUACAAAGAAUUAUAUGAACACGUGAAGGCCAAAUCGUACACCAUACCUGCAGACAACGUCAGCUUUGUCAACAUAAGGAAAGUGAAUAAUAUCAUUAAUGAGAGGCUUUACAGACAACUGUAUCACAAGACAAAGGAUAAGAUCCACACCACUCCAGAUACUCCCGAAAUCCGCCAAGUCAAAGCCACGCAGGAAGCCAUCAGUGAUCUGGUGUACAAAUCCGAUUACCACUCCAAACUCCAAGGUCAUAUGAUCUCCAUGCCAUUCACCCCCCAGACCAUGCACUGCCGCUAUGUUGGAGAGAUAACAAGCGAUAAUAAGUACAAGGAAGACUUGCAGUGGCUUAGAGGCCUGGGCUGCUUCAUGUACGACACUCCGGACAUGGUGAGGGCACGUGACCUCCGCAAACUCUGGUCUCACUAUCUGUACACUACACCCGCCAAGAAGAUGCUGGAUAAAUACAGUGUGGUCUUGGAUACCCCAGAAUACAGGACCGUCCAGGAGUUGAAGACACAUCUCAGCCAGACUGUAUACCGGGCAGAAGGCAACAAGCAAAAAUCAAUAUACACAUCAGUUCUAGAUACUCCAGACUUCCUCAGAGCAAAGAAAGGACAAGAAAUCCAGAGCAAGUACCUGUAUGUUGAGUUUGCAAGCAAAGAAAGACCCCAUCACCAUGCAGAUGGACAGACUACAGCCCUCAAACUAGCUAAGCAUGUCAAGGACUUGGUCAGUGAGAAAAAAUACAAAGCGCAAUACGAAAAGUUUAAGCACAAAUAUACAACAAUUGCUGAUACUCCCAACAUCUUGCGAGCCAAGAAAGCCUACCUAAAUGCUAGUGAUCUGCGCUACAAAGAAACUUUCGAGCAAGCCAAAGGCAAGUACCACACCGUGAAGGAUGCUCUGGAUAUUGUCUAUCAUCGCAAGGUUACCGACGACAUCAGUAAUGUGAAAUAUAAAGAGAAGCAUGUCAGUCAGAUGGGUAUUUGGAGAUCCAUCCCCGACCGUCCAGAGUACUUCCAUCACCGCGCCGUCACAGACUCAGUUAGUGAUUUCAAGUACAAAGAAGAUUUGACCUGGCUGAAGGGUAUCGGCUGCUACGCCUGGGACACUCCUGAUUUUGCUCUUGCAGGACAAAACAAAGAACUUUACAGUGGAUACAAGUACCGUCAGGCCGCUGAAAAGACCAAGUCAAUAUUCAAAGAGACCGCCGAUACCCCUCUGCUUACCCACUUCAAAUAUGCAACUCAACUGGCCAACGAGAAAUUAUACAAAGCGGCACAUGAGAAGGAGAAAACACAUUACAGCAUUGUGGUGGAUGAUCCUAGAAACCUUCUGGCCAAAAGUGCAAGUGAACAGAUUAGUCAGUGGAAGUAUAAGGAGCAUUAUGAAAAACAGAAGGACAAGUUCACGUCAGUCAUAGACACCCCCGAGCACAACCGAGCCCAGAAGGCCGGGAAACAGAUCAGUGAUAUUAUUUACAAAAUGGCAUGGAACAAAGCCAAAGCCAAGGCCUACACCACCAUCCAUGACACGCCAUCACUGCUACAUGCUCGCAAGGUGAAAGACAAGAUCAGUGAGCUGAAAUAUAAAGAACUGUACGAGAAGAGCAGAGGACAUUGUACCAUGGUGUCCGAUGCUGUACAGAUCAAGACGGCCAAAGAAGCCUACAAAUCCAUCAGCAACCUGGAUUAUAGGAAGAAGUACGAAGCAACCAAGGCUCACUGGGAAUGGACUGUCGACAGACCCGACUUCAUGCAGAACGCAAAAUCCUCUCUGCAACAGAGUGACUAUGAAUACAAACUGGACAGAGAGUUCCUGAAGGGAUGCAAGCUCUCAAUCACAGAUGACAAGAACACCGUCCUAGCUCUCAGGAACAACGAAAUGAACAGUGAUGUGAAAUAUAGGAAGAAGUAUGACAGAGGAACGUACCAAGGAGAAUUCGGAGUUGUUGCAGAUACACCUCAGAUCAUCCAUGCUAAAUCUGUCAGCACUCUUGUAUCUGAUAAUAAAUACAAGGAAGAAGUGAAGAAGCACCUGCCACAUGGCUCCUUCACAACCUUGUCGGAGACACGUGACACGGUUCAUGUUAAAGACGUAACUAAAGUUAUUAGUGAGAAACAAUAUAAAGAAAAGUUCCAGAAGGAGAAGGGCAAGUCCAACUACUCCAACAUGCAGGAACCACCUGAGGUGAAACAUGCAAUGGACGUGGCCAAGGCCCAAAGUAAUGUAUCUUACAAGAAAGCUGCCAAGGCUAAUCUCAAUUACACCUCCAUUGCCGAUAGACCCGACAUUCAGAAGGCAACCCAGGUGGCCAAGUUGGUCAGCAAUAUCCAGUACAAAGCUAAGGCCCGUGAAGAAUCCGGCCGCGGAAUCACCGUCCUGGGAAGACCUGAUAUCGAAUUAGCCCAAGAAGUAUCCAAACUUACAAGCCAAGCUGAGUAUACCAAAGAAAAGAUGUGGGGCCACGGAGCAGCGUCUUAUGACACUCCCAUCAUGCGGACACUUAAGAAAGCUAAUGAUCUCACUAGUAAUGUGAAGUACAAAGAAAACUUUUCAAAAGAAAAGCGAAACAGACCUCAGUAUGACCUCAAAGAGGCCAAAAUUUACCAGACCUUGAAAGAUGCAAACACCCUUGCUAGUGAGGUCAAAUAUAAGGCUGACCUCAAGAAGCUCCACAAACCAGUGACUGAUAUGGCGGAAUCUUUGAACAUGCAACAUAUCACUGGUACAAGCAAACUUGCAAGUGAAUACCGGUACAAGAAGGAAUAUCGGAAGAGUAAGGGUCACAACCAAAUGAUGCCCGAUUCACUUGAUCAAGUACAUGUCAAGGAGGCAACAGAACUGCAGAGUAUCGUCAAAUAUAAGGAGAAGUAUGAAAAGGAAAGAGGUAAAGCUAUGCUGGACUUUGAGACCCCAACCUAUGUCACCGCCAAAGAGGCACAACACAUGCAAAGUGAUAAAGAAUAUAAGAAAGACUUGGAAGAACACAUUAAGGGCAGAAACCUUACUGGUUUGGAGGUUACGCCAUCAUUGUUACAUGUCAGACAUGCUACAAAAAUAGCGAGCGAGAGAGAAUACAGGAAGGACUUGGAUGAUACUAUCAGAGGACGAGGCCUCACUGCAUUAGAAGAGACCCCUGAGCUUCUAAGAGCCAAGAAUGCAACUCAAAUAUUAAAUGAGAAAGAAUAUAAGAAGACGCUAGAAUUGGAGAUCAAAGGAAAGGGUCUUACCACUUUGGCCACGGAAACUCCAGACUUCAUGAGAGCGAAGAAUGCAACGGAUAUUGCCAGCCAGGUGAAAUACAAACAUUCUGCUGAAAUGGAAAAGGCCAAUUACACAAGUGUUGUGGACACACCAGAAAUUAUCCAUGCUCAACAAGUCAAGAAUCUUUCUAGCCAGAAAAAAUACAAGGAGGAAGCAGAAAGAACUAUGUCUUAUUAUGUGCCUGUACUAGAUACCCCAGAGUUGCUGAGAGUCCGUGAAAACCAGAAGAACUUCAGUACUCUACAGUACCAAGGUGAUCAUAUACAAAGUAAAGGAAAAAUCACAGUGGUUAAAGACACGCCAGAAAUUCUGCGUGUUAAAGAGAAUCAAAAGAAUUUCAGCUCGAUUCAGUAUAAAGAAGAAAUUGGAACAGGAAUAUCUGUUGGCCACACCCCAGAGAUGGACAGAAUUAAGAAAACACAGGAUGCCAUUAGCACGAUUAAAUACAAGGAAAGUAUUGGGACAGGAACGGCGAUCUCUGACCUGCCAGAAGUGAAGCGAGUAAAGGAGACACAGAAGAACAUCAGCUCGGUUAUGUACAAGGAAAGCUUGGGGCUUGGAACCUCCACCCCUGUGACUCCUGAGAUGGAGCGUGUCAAACGCAACCAGGAAAACAUUAGCAUGGUGGCAUACAAGGAAAGUAUGGGAAAAUCUACACCAACGACUGUCACUCCAGAGAUGGAGAGGGUUAAACGCAACCAGGAAAAUAUUAGCUCGGUUCUCUACUCCGACAGCUUCCGCAAACAGAUACAAGGUAGAGCUGCUUACGUGAUGGACACUCCUGAAAUGAGACGCGUCAAGGAAACCCAGCGACACAUUUCAGCGGUGAAAUAUCACGAGGACUUUGAGAAGCAGAAGGGAAGCUUCACCCCUGUGGUCACUGACCCAAUAACAGAGAGAGUGAAGAAGAACACCAUUGACUUCAGUGACAUUAACUACCGUGGAAUUCAGAGGAAGGUCGUGGAGAUUGAACGAAAGAGGAGUGAGCAGGAUCAGGAUAUCACAGAUCUCAGAGUCUGGCGUACAAAUCCUGGAUCUGUCUUUGACUAUGACCCAGCAGAAGACAAUAUCCAAUCAAGAAGUCUCCACAUGCUUUCUGUUCAAGCCCGCCGAAGCCGCGAACACUCCCGUUCCGCUAGUGCCUUGAGCUUGAGUGCAGGAGAUGAGAAAUCCGAACCCUCUGAUGGUGUCGACCACCACCAAUCCUUCUAUAGCAAUGGAGGUCUCUAUACAUCUGCCGUAACAGGCCACAAAGAAAGUUCACAUAUACUGUUUUAUCAAGGUUACAAGCAAACCAAAACUACCGAGCUUCCCCAACAGAGGUCUUCUUCUGUGGCCACCCAGCUAACCACAGCCUCAUCUGUACCAUCGCACCCAUCCACCACCGGAAAAAGCUUUAGGGCCAUGUAUGACUACAGGGCGGCAGAUGACGACGAAGUGUCCUUCAAGGAUGGCGAUACUAUACUUAAUGUCCAGACCAUAGACGAAGGCUGGAUGUACGGGACAGUGCAAAGAACGGGCAAGACCGGCAUGCUUCCUGCUAACUACGUGGAAGGCAUUUAAUGGCCCUGCUGAAGGCCUGCUCCGGUCAUCACCGAUACCAACCAUCUCGACAACGUCUACCAAAAGAGCAGCCACCAUUUCAUUUUUGUCAUCCUGCCUUAUAUCUGAAAUAAAACAAUUUUAAACUAUUAACAUCUUAUGCGGCAUUUUCCUAACACUUGACUUGUACUUUAGAAUAUUAUUCUAGAUUUUUUUUUAAGUUAAUGUAACAUCAGCUGACUAGUUUCAGAAUUACAUAGACUGUCACCGUUUACCGAUUCAUUCGGUGCUCACAGACUUGGACUGUACCAUCUGCAUUUUUACCUGCUAUUGUUAUGUUCAGUGUUUCUUACUGUACACAGAUGUAGCAUACUUGGCGGAAAAAAAUUCCACCAUUUUACAUUGAAAUCGCCCUGGAAUAUAAGAAAAGACGAGCCCCUCCCCCUCCUCUGCUUGUGAACGCUGCAUGCAUACCUUUAUGUUCUAGGGUCAACAAAUUGUGCUCCCUGUACAUUAGAGAACAAUAAAGCUGGGG